AUGCUUCCAUACGCGGUGCCAUGGCUGGGACAUGCACUGGAAUUUCUGUCCGAGGAACCGGGCUCGUUUUGGAGGAUGCUCCGUGGUAAGCUUCGAGCCACGGGGGCGGAAGUGGAGAUCUGCACCAUUCUCAUGGGCGGACAGAGAGCACAUGUGAUCAGCUCGGCGGCGGCGGUGCAGGCGGUGUUCAAGAACAAGACCAUGUCGCGAGAGUUGUUUAAUCACCAAUUGGCCAGGAACUGUCUCGGGGCUUCUCAGGCUGAUGCUGAGAAGAUCUGGCCGCCCGCUGCCCUGCUCGCGGCCGCGGCUGAGAAGGAUCGGAAUGAGGAGCGUGAGGGCAUGGAGGCUCUGAAUCAUGAGCAUCUGCUCAGUAAGACCGCUGUGACGACAUUGCUAAACAGGUUCAAGGAGUGUUUCGAUGCGUCGCUCGAAAAUGCGGACAUUGAUGGUGAAUGGAAGACGAUCGACUUGUUGGCGUGGUUGAAGACUAGAAUGUUCAACGCUUCCACCACUGCGGUCCUGGGGUCAAAAAUCCUAGAGAUGAAUCCCAAGCUUGCAGAGCAUUACUGGCACUACGACUCUGGGUUCCUGCCACGGUUCUACGGGCUGCCCAAACUGCUGAAGCCGGAGGCUUACUUGCAUAUGGAAGAGCUGCUCUCUCAGACGGAAAGAUGGGUUCAAGAUAAUCUUGACAAGUACGAUCGCAACCCACCAGAAGAGCCAGAAUGGGAGCCAGAUUUUGGAGCUAAGAUCGUACGGGCAAGACAUCGAUUGUUUGAGAGGGUCGGUCUGACCCUGAGAGGUAGAGCGGCAUUCGAUCUGGGUCUCUUGUUUGGUCUGAACGCAAACGCCGUCCCGAUAACGGGGUGGGUGCUACUUCACUUGCUAUCGCCAGUAACACCCAAAGAUGUUCUAAGCAGGGUCAUGGACGAAGUCAAAGGGGCUCAGCUGGACAACGGCGAGAUCGACAUUGCGGUACUGUCUUCGCAGCCACUGUUGAACUCUGUGCUUCACGAAACAUUGCGACAUUAUGUUGAUUCAUUGGUGACUCGACAACUUGCCUCCGACACCAUCAUGGACGGAUAUCUCCUGAAAAAAGACGACCUGAUUAUGGCGCCGAGUUCACUUAGCCAGCAUGACUCGCUCUUUUGGGAGGAAGAAGACCAUUCACCCCCAGCGGAUACCUGGUAUGCAGAAAGGUUCUUAAAGCAUAAUCCAACGACGGGCAAAGAUGAAUUCAGCAGCUCGUGGACGAGUGGAAAAUUCUUCCCAUUCGGUGGAGGAGGAUAUAUCUGUCCUGGACGAGUGUUUGCCAAGCAAGAGGUGCUCCUUGCCGUGGCAUCAAUCUUAGUACAAUUUGAGGUCAAAUUUGAUCAGUAUCUCGGCACCGACAAAGGGGGCAAUAUAGUGGAACUGGGUAGCCAACCAACUGGAUUUCCGGUGGUGAAGCGGCAGUAUGCCGGCAAUGGGACUUUGCAGAUGGAUGGGGAUAUUAGGUCCAAGUCAGGAGAAGAAGAUGACUGCUGA